ACCAUGGGAUUUCUCGUGCCUAAGGGAAACCUCUUCCUCCUGCUGUGUGCCAGCAUUUUCCCCGCCUUUGGCCACGUGGAGACCCGAGCCCACGCAGAGGAGCGGCUCCUGAAGAAACUCUUCUCUGGUUAUAACAAAUGGUCCCGUCCCGUGGCCAACAUCUCGGACGUGGUCCUGGUGCGCUUCGGCCUGUCCAUCGCCCAGCUCAUCGAUGUCGAUGAGAAAAAUCAAAUGAUGACCACAAAUGUGUGGGUGAAACAGGAGUGGCACGACUACAAACUGCGCUGGGACCCCCAGGAAUACGAAAAUGUCACAUCCAUCCGAAUCCCCUCGGAGCUCAUCUGGAGGCCAGACAUUGUCCUUUAUAACAAUGCUGAUGGUGACUUUGCAGUCACUCACCUGACCAAGGCUCACCUCUUCUAUGAUGGAAGAAUUAAAUGGAUGCCCCCUGCUAUCUAUAAAAGCUCCUGCAGCAUCGAUGUCACCUUCUUCCCCUUUGACCAGCAAAACUGCACAAUGAAGUUUGGCUCCUGGACCUACGACAAAGCCAAGAUAGACUUGGUGAGCAUGCACAGCCAUGUGGACCAGCUGGACUACUGGGAGAGCGGGGAGUGGGUCAUCAUCAACGCUGUGGGCAAUUACAACAGCAAGAAAUAUGAGUGCUGCACAGAGAUCUACCCCGACAUAACUUAUUCCUUCAUUAUCCGGAGGCUGCCGCUGUUCUAUACCAUCAACCUGAUCAUCCCCUGCCUGCUGAUCUCCUGCCUGACCGUCCUGGUCUUCUACCUGCCCUCUGAGUGUGGAGAGAAGAUAACCCUGUGCAUCUCCGUGCUGCUGUCGCUCACUGUGUUCCUGCUGCUCAUCACAGAGAUCAUCCCAUCCACCUCCUUGGUCAUCCCUCUGAUUGGGGAGUACCUCCUCUUCACCAUGAUAUUCGUUACCUUGUCUAUCAUCAUCACUGUCUUCGUGCUCAACGUGCACCACCGCUCCCCCCGCACCCACACGAUGCCAGACUGGGUGAGGAGGGUCUUCCUGGAUGUAGUCCCACGGAUCCUUUUCAUGAAACGUCCCUCCACAGUGAAGGACAAUUGCAAGAAGCUCAUUGAGUCCAUGCACAAAAUAACCAAUGCACCGAGGCUUUGGUCUGAGAUGGAUGUGGAACCCAACUUCACUACCUCAUCCUCCCCCAGCCCCCAGAGCAAUGAGCCAACACCCACCUCCUCCUUCUGUGCCCACCUCGAGGAGCCAGCCAAACCCCAGCCCAUCUGCAAAUCCCCCUCAGGGCAGUACUCUGUGCUGCACCCAGAGCCCGUACAGGUGACCUGCUCCUCUCCACAGCCCUCCUGCCACCUCCUGAGAGACACCCAGGCCACCUCUGCCUUGAAAGGCAGGUCGCUGAGUGUCCAGCAGAUGUACAGCCCCAACAAGGCAGAGGAGGGGACAAUCCGCUGCAGGUCCCGGAGCAUCCAGUACUGCUACCUGCAAGAGGACUCUUCCCAGACCAACGGCCACUCCAGUGGCUCUCCAGCAUCCCAGCGGUGCCACCUCAAUGGGGAGCAGCCCCGGCACAAGCCCCCCCAGUGCAAGUGCAAGUGCAAAAAGGGCGAGGCGGCCGGAACAGCAGCCCAGGGGAGUAAGAGCCACUGCGCCAAAGAGCAGCACCUCGUGCUGAUGUCCCCAGCCCUGAAGCUGGCAGUGGAAGGGGUUCACUACAUCGCAGACCACCUGCGGGCAGAGGAUGUGGAUUUCUCAGUGAAGGAAGACUGGAAGUACGUUGCAAUGGUCAUUGACAGGAUCUUCCUCUGGAUGUUCAUUAUUGUGUGUUUGCUGGGAACUGUUGGGCUCUUUCUCCCACCAUGGCUGGCAGGAAUGAUCUAAAUAUAGCACCAAAGGGAAGAAA